AUGGGAUCGGAAGCCUACAAACCUCGGUUCGACACUCUGAACGCGGCCUACUUUGCUCCCGCGGCCGGCACCUCCUGCAAGGCACCGUCCUCACCAAAGCGUCUAGACACAUUCCACAAGUUCCCAUGCCUCCCCGCCGAGCUGCGGCUCCGGAUCUUGGAGAUGGAGCAUCCCCAGAAGCGCCGCCAGCUCAUCACCGUGACUCUCAAAGACGACUACAGGUUCAAGUGCAAAGCCACCAGGGAGUCGCUCGAGUCAAGCCUAUAUCAGAACCUGAACCAUCUCGGCAACUCGGUCAGCGGCAUCAAGUAUCGCAUAAUGCUGCAUCAGCGAGCGUACUUCAGCCCCCUGCUGAGGGUAAACCGGGAGUCGAGGCAGGCCACCCUUCGGCAUUACCGACUCCACAUCCCGUUGCGCGCCGGGACUGGGAAGCGUUCAGGCCCACUGCUCUAUCUGAACCCGGAGUGCGAUAUCCUCUAUCUGCAGGCCUUCAAGGUGUGCGGGUCGACCCUGGUGGGCUUCCUUCAUGAUCUGAGGGCGUAUGAUGAGCGGAAGAUCGGUCUGCGGAACCUGGCUCUCAACAGCCACUUCCAGGAGAAUCUAGGGUUGCUGCGCUCAGUGAAGCCGGACAACCUACAACGGGUCGAGGUUGCCUCGUUUCUCGAGACUCUCAUUAAUCUACGUCAGCUCUGGUUCGUCUAUCUCCUUGAAGAUACAAAUCGUAAAAGGACGCGGAGUUCCUACAUGACGGGUGAUGUUGAGACCGGGAUCAACCAUAGCGUGCCCAUCUUCUCGGAGAGCUCCAUGUUCGAGUUCUUCUCCGCCGAUCCCCGCUCCGUCCAGACGGAUCUAAAAACGAUCAAGUUCUCCGGUGCAGAUCCCCGGCUUCCAAUGCACCGCUGGAUGAAAAUGGAGAGGAGGUUCUGUGGAUUUUCGGACGAUUCCUACAGUUCCUCGACGCUACGGAGAGAAGUAUCGUUCAUCCUUGCCGUGGACGCUACGGAAGAGCAUGAGGUUUGCAUGACAAAAGGUCACGACAUCUGCCAGGCGCGGGUGAUACGGGACACAAAGUCCAUGGACCGAUAUCUAGAGAGGGAGAGGGAGUCCCUCCUGAGAUUAAUUAAGCGUGAAGAGCAAUCACAGGGGAAAGCAUCGGCUGCAGGCUUCUGGGUGCUCCCACAAGAUGUCUUUGAUGUUGAAAUGGUUGGGAGGCCAAACGGCGGGUUUACUUGCGACUUGUCCAGCCACUCGCCUGCAUUAGGACUCUUCCGACUAUAG